AUGUCUGAACAGUACAAGGGUCAAGACCUUAUGGACAUUGCCAAACAAGCGGAGCGAGAUCUCGCGUCGGCCAAAUCCAAGCACGGUGCCCAAGACAGUGGCUUUGGAGGCAAAACAGUCCCUGGAGGAAGUGUCAGCACAACCGAGUCUGGCAUCGAUCAAUCAGUAACCAACAAAUUCCCCGGCAGCACCGCCGAGUACGGCAGCAAAGUCUCCGGUGCCGGGGACAACAGAGAAAUCCCUGUGGAAGAGGGCGGUGACAUCCAGAAAGGCACAGGGCGGCCCACCAAGGCUGGCGACUUUGAGAAAGGUGCCGCCGGCGAAGGACCCGAGGAUGUGAGCAGGAACUAUGCUGAGCAGUUCGGCGGCAAUGACGACGUGAGGAGUAACAUCAAGAACGCCACGGCAUGA